AUGGUUUUGAAAAAUUCAAAAUAUGAUAAGAUUGCAAAGUUAAAAUAUAUGAAGAAACAUGGUAUAAAGAAGGAAACUAGAAAGGAUGAUGGCGUGAAACCAAAAUGGUCAUCAAAGAAAAAGACAGAUCCAAACAAAAACAAAAUUAAAUUGGAAGAUUCAGAUGAUGAAUGGGAUUCAGAUGUUGAUGAAGCUUUAAUUAAUCAUUUUUAUCCAACUUUAAAAGAAUCAGAAGAAUUGACAAAAGAACAGAAGAUAAAGAUAAAGGAGCAGAUACUAAAAGAUCUCGAGAAGGAAGAAGAAGACGGGUCGGAACCUGAAAAAGAAGAAAUUGAAGGAAUAUAUUUAGGUACUGAGCCCGAGGCAAAACCAAAAGAGAAGUUUAACUUAGAGGAGUUCGUGGAAAGUCUAGAUUUAAAACCAAAAAAGAAUAGGAAAAUGUUGAGUAAUAAAUUUUCAGAUAAUUUACUUGAAGAAUAUGGUUUAGAUUCGUAUUCAACUAAAAAAGAUAAUGAUUAUAAUGAUAUUUAUAACUCAAAACAAAAGAAACUUGUUCAUUUGGAUACUGACCAACUAGAUGAGUUUGUAAUAGGUGAACCAGUGAAAGACACGACAAACAUACGGACAUUGACGGAAGAUGAAAUCAAACAACAAGAGGAAAGAAACAAGAAGAUUAAACAAGAGUCGUUCUACAAGGAUCUAAAGAGUAAAUUCACUGAUAAAUCACAAAAGAAGGGUAAGGUGCUAGAAAUAGAUAAUCUAAAAGGUCAAGUUUUCGAUUAUGAAAAGAUUAAAGAUGAUAAGAAUGAUUUUGACUUAGAUGAGUACUUAGGAUUAUCAAAAGAUGAAACACCAGACAUUGGAUCAUUAAACAUCAAUGAAAAAGAAAGAGCAACAAAAAAAGUAGAAUCAAAGAACACAGAUUUAGAUUUUCUCGAUAAUCUACUAGGUUAA